UUAUGCAAGCUCAUUAAAAAGAUGGAGACCCGGCUUGGAUUAUUCGUGAUAGUUUUGCUGGUGUCAUGGACUACGAUCAAAUCUGAGGACAAACCAUGUCGAGUCAGAGAAACCGGCAUAGAAGGACGUUCAAUACUUUGCGUCUGCGAUGCCAACUAUUGUGACACCAUCACACGCGAAGAACCAACUCCAGGAGGCUAUGUCAUGUACACUAGUAGCCAGGCCGGCCAGCGCUUUGAGAAAUUCUUUGGUGAAUUAGAAGACAUGCCAACACCUACAACUCCAGAACCAACUACAGAACCAGCUCCAGAGGAAGAGGAAGAAGUGGUAGAUGAAAAUCGCGGCUACUUUAUGGACGACGAGGAUGAUAGCGAAGAUGCACAACAAAACGCGACUUUAUUCAACACUGUGAACCUGCGCGCGUUCACAAACACUCAGUUCCAAAAAAUCGAGGGUUUUGGGGGGUCCGUCACCGAUGCUGCAGCCAUCAACUGGCGCAAACUCUCUGAUGCAGCACAGACUCAAAUGGUUAACACGUAUUUCGGACCUGAAGGCAUCGAGUACAACUUGAUUCGCACCCACAUCGGAGGCGCCGACUUUUCCACGCACCCCUACACCUUGAACGACUACCCGUGGCAUGAUGCAGGGCUCACCAACUUCUCGCUCACCAGCGAAGACUACUUUUACAAGUUGCCUAUGUUGCUGAGAUGUAUACGCGCUGCUACGACUGAAGUGAAGAACACUGCCAGUACUUGGUCGCCUCCGGUCUGGAUGAAGACCAACGAACGGAUCACCGGCUUCGGGCAACUGAGGACGCAGUACUACCAGGCCUUUGCCGACUACCACAUACGUUUCUUAGAAGAAUACGAAAAGGCAGGCGUGAAAUUCUGGGCCAUUACUACGACUAAUGAACCCAUCAACGGCAUCGUGCCCCUGGCGCCCUUCAACUCGCUAGGAUGGCUGCCCUCACAAAUGGCUCGCUGGGUGGCGAACAAUCUUGGCCCCACAUUACGAAACUCUCGAUUCAACGAAACUCUUCUCUUGGCCGUUGAUGAUCAGAGAUACCUAUUGCAUUUCUACAUGGUUGGCAUUGAAAGAGAGGACCCUAGAGCUCUGGACUACAUAGACGGAAUCGCAAUCCAUUACUAUGGGAACUUUUUCCCUCCAGCCAUAUUGAGGAACCUUCAAAAUCGUUACCCUGACAAGAUGUUGCUCUCUACUGAAGCUUGUGAAGGGCCGAUGCCGUGGGAUUUAGAAAAAGUUGAACUCGGAUCGUGGCGUCGUGCGAGAAGAUACAUUACCAGUAUCUUGGAAGAUCUGAACCACGAUGUCGUUGGCUGGAUCGACUGGAACCUGUGCCUGGACCCCACCGGUGGACCCAACUGGGCAAACAACUUCGUAGAUGCGCCCAUCCUUGUAUAUGCUGAGAAUGACGAAUUCGUCAAGCAGCCGAUGUACUACGCUAUGGGCCACUUCUCCAAAUUCAUACCAAGAGGAUCCCGCCGUAUCCUCGUCUCUCGCAGCAGCAUAUUCCAAUUGGAGCACUUGGCCGUGAUGACGCCACAAGGGAAUAUGGUUAUGGUGAUUCAAAACAGGUUCCAUCGAGAAAUGAAUGUGAAUGUUCAGAUAAACACAAGACUCUUGGCUUUCCGGAUGGAGCCCAGAUCAGUGAAGACUAUUGAAAUCAAUCUAAACUAGUUUAGUCAUGUACCUUGUUAUUUAUUAAACAAUUUCAAAAUAAACAA